AUGGAGUCUGAGCUGUCUUCGUACUCGCUCAGCAAUGGUGUAGGCUCUGGCUCGCUUGCCGAGUAUGCCUACGAUUACGACACAGGCGGCGAGGAAGAGCUGAGCGUCUCACCGCCUGCCCACGCCUCUGCUCCACUCCGCUUCCUUCGCAACAAUCAGAUGCCGUAUUCUGACCCUGCUGGUGCCGAGUGUGCCUCACCGCUGCCCAUGCAUCUCGACUCGCGUCGAUCUGUGGCUCUGAUUGCUGCUGGUCGAGUUGACGGCUAUCACUCAGAGCUCUCGUCGUCGGUUAUGCACUCGCUGGAUGACGAGGAUGUCAACUACAACGAUGACGACGGCCAAGGCGGAGAGCCUGCGAUGUUGUGGAGCAGCCGCAGCGAUUCCGAGGAUGGAUACGAGCAUGAUGACAGCGGUGGCGUUGAUCCUCGCUCAAAUCAGGCCGUACUCGAGCAGUUUGCGGCAAGAGUCGGCGGCUACGCGUCCGAGUCCAUGUCGGUGGCCGAGUCGGGUGAGUCGGACGGCGACGAUUACGGCGAAUACGACAACAGCGACGACAGCUGUCGACUGACCGUGAAGGUCGACUCGGGCAUCAUCAUUAAUGUGGUGCCAGCAGCGUCGACAGAGAGCAUGUCGGCAUCGCCGGAGCCCAGCUGCGACGACGUCAGAGCCGAGUGGGCUGACGGCGAGACGCCGCGAGUGCUGGGCGACGCAGAUGAUGGCUCCGAGACUGUAGUCACUGCUGUCUUGCACGACUCGCCGCGAACUAUUGGAAGCGAGACCGACGAAGGUUCGGUCACGGCAGUGACGGCCGUCCUGCAUGAGUCACCGCGUGUGGUGGAGCCCAAGCCCGAAUACCUGCCCGACUCACCGCCGGACACACUCCGCUCCGACUCGGGCGGCUCGGGAUCAGACACUGAUGUGCCAGCGCCACCGGCGGAGCUGGAGCCGGAGCCGGUGCUGCAGUUUAUGCACCUCUCGACCGUGCUUGAAGUGUCUGGUGAGGACGCCGACGUUCCUGCGUCACCGACAAGUUGCGUCUCAACCGACAGCGCGUGCAGUGUGGGACGAGAGACUGACGACGGUUUUGGAGCAGUUGCCGCAAGUCCUGCUCACAACGAGGAUAUUACAAUGAGCGCCUCGCAAGGCGCCGCAGCAACGCUGGCGUAUCAGACCGAGGCAACGAGUGCGUUUUGGGGCGGCGGACGAGUUAUCUCGGGCCAGGUCGUACAGUUGGAGUAUCGUUCUGAUGAAUCCGCGUACGAGUACGCGUAUGCCGAGUCCGAGGUCAAGGAUGAGCCCGAGGAUGAGCCUGAAGAUGAGCCUACACUCGAGCUGGCGUCCGAGCUUGAAGUCGAGCCUGCGCCCGCCCCGCAGCUCGAGGACGAGCCCGAGCCCGAGACGGAGCGGGGGUCCAAGGUUGAAGUCAAGCCUGAUAUCGAGCCUGAUAUCAAGCCUGAGUCCGAGUCUGAACCUGAUCUGGAGUCUGAGCCCGAGACCGAGACCGAGACCGAGCCCGAGCCCGAGUCUGAACAUGAUCCGGAGUCUGAGCCCAAGACCGAAACCGAGACCGAGACUGAGACCGAGACCGAGAUCGAGCCCGAGUCUGAGCCCGAGCCCGAGACUGAGAUCGAGCCUGAGACCGAGCCUGAGCCCGAGACUGAGCCUGACACCGAGACUGAGACCGAGAUCGAGCCCGAGUCUGAGCCCGAGCCCGAGACUGAGACCGAGACCGAGACCGAGUCUGAGACCGAGACCGAGAUCGAGCCCGAGUCUGAGCCCGAGCCCGAGACCAAGCCUGAGACCGAGGCCGAGGCCGAGACCGAGGCCGAGACUGAGCUCAAGUCCGAGCCUAAGACCGGGACCGAAACCGAGUUUGAAGCCUCGGCCUCGUCCUCAGCCCAUUCUGAACCCGAGAUCGCCGGGAAGCCAAGCCGGGCCCGGGUGUUUACCAAGCCAGCGGCUGCUGCGCUCUCGGCCACACCGUCGGCGUUCCCGCCUCGCCAGCCGCUGACCCCAGGUUCAGCGCCGUCGUCACUCGCGUUGAGCCUCGACCUCUCGCUGACGCCAGACAUGCGGUUCUCGUCGGUCGGUCCGCCGAUCGCCCUUGCCGCCUCCUUGUCGCCGUCAUCGCCGCCUCUGGCGGCACACCGCAGCAACUCGAUCUUUCCGCCGCGCCACUCCAUCCUCGACUCGCUGCCCCUGCGUCCAAAUCCGCUUCCGUCUUCCGGUUCGAUCCUACACCGCACCCCAUCGCCUGAGGCACAGCGUGUCCGUACGCAGCUGCUCGACGAAAUGCGCCGGACCCGCGAUCCGAAGCGGCUGGACGACCUUGCUUCCCGGCUGGAGCGGCUGGCACUGGCGUCCUCGGCAUCGCCGCCACACGCUCGAGACGUGUUUGAGCGGUCAGCCUCGCGCAUCCCGCGUGCAGCGUCGGCUGGUCUCUUUGACGACAUCGAGCUUGGCCCGCUGGGUGCAAUCAGCGCCGACGACUCUGGCAUGCUUCUCCCUGCGUCAGCCGGCGACGCACCAGCCAGCGACGACGACUGCGACGAAGGUGACGAUGGCGAUGAUGUCUUUCUUGAGUGCCCGCCCAUCCGCAUCCCCAUCGGGAUCUUGCCGGCGUCGUCAUUCUGACCACAGCCUACACCAGCCCAAAGUACAUGACCGUUACAUCGCCGGGCCCGAUGUUGCGCAGGCCGUGCUGGACGCCAGGAUAGAAGACGACCGCAUCGCCGACAUCCAGUUGUACCUCUCCGCCAUCGCU